GAGAAGCAGGCCCUGGGCGGCCGUCUGGAUAUACCGGGUCGGAGUUCGAGGCACGAGGAGACGAGACAGCGAUGUCACAGGUGUAGGACUAGUGAGGGUGUCGACCCCCGAGUGUGGCUACACCCGCGACACUCUCCCCCCACACCCCAGGGCCCUCAGGAGUACCCAGAGGGGGUCUGCGCUCCCUCCUGCUGUUCCAUAGUGAGGAGUUACGGUGCGCAGGCGCAGGAAACUGUGUUGAGAGAGGGGGGGGUGAGUGCAGGACUACCAUGGGAGUGUCCAGGCGGCCCCUGGCCGUGGGCGUGGUGCCCCUAGCCGUGGGCGUGCCCGUGGGCGUGGUGCCCCUGGAAGCGUCAAAUCGUCACUGGCCAAUUAGUCAAGGUAUCUCCCACACUACUAAAAUUAAGGCUUAUAGUACCUACGAGCCUGAUAGAGCCAGCCGGCUCAAGUGCUGGUCUCUACGACCGGCUCUGAAGGCCCUUCAGGGAGCCUGCUCCUGCCUGCUCCUGCUGCCUCUGCUGCUGCUCCUGCUGCUGACACCUGCUUCUGCCCAGGACUCGCGGUGUUUCCUGACCCAAGGCGGCUCUGUGGAGAACUUCUUUGUCCGGGAAAGCCUUGCUGUCGGGAGCGUGAUAGGGACGCUGAGACUUGAAGGGAACGCCGCUGCUGACGGAGACAUCUACCUCAGACUGAAGGAGAAGGACUCGCCGGUACACAUCUCUCCCAACUCCAAGAACCUCACUCUUACUAAGAAGCUGGACAAGGAGGGCAAGGAGGGACCAGCUCACGUCCUGGUGACCGUCAUCUGUGACCGCCGGGGUACUACUGACCCUAGCAUGACCAUCCCCGUCAACAUCAGAGUGACAGACGAUAACGACAACGCUCCCGUCUUCCUCAACAGCCCCUACUAUGUCAAUGUGUCAGAGGUAACAGUGGUUGGAACAGUGAUUGUUGGGGACAUCGUGGCCAAGGAUGAAGACCAACAGGGACCCUUCUCCACUGUACAGUACUCCAUCAAGCCUGGUCCAUACUCUGACAUGUUUACGUUUGAGUCCCCCCUGAGUGGGUCGCUGGUGCUGCGGAAGCCGCUCGACUACGAGAGCCUCCCAGUGUUCAACAUCACCAUUGUUGCUCAGGACCAGGCAGCGUCAGCACAGAGCAGCAGCACGGUGCUGACAGUACAGGUGCAGGAUGCUGACGACCAGAACCCCGCCUUCACCAGAGACCACUACAUGGCCGUCAUCCCAGAUAAUCCCAUCAAGGGUGCCAAGGUGGAAGUUCAGCCAGAGACGGUACAGGCACUGGACCGAGACGAGGGAAUUAUGGCAUCUGUCUUUUAUUCCUUCAGUAGAGAGGAGGCUGAAGCAGCAUGGUUUAGCAUCGAGCCAAGCACUGGUGAGGUGACCUUGGCCGAGGACCUUCCUGACGACAAGCUGAACCAGCCUACGACGCUCGUUGUCAGGGCAACUCAAGUAGACAAUCCUGAUCGCUAUGCCUUGACGACCAUCACAUUGUCAAGACGGGGUUACUACUCCACCCAACUGCAGUUCAUCCAGCGUGAUUACGUAGCAACAGUCCUCGAGAGCUUACCCAGACACUCUCUCAUCGCUCCUACAAUGAUCAACAAAAAUAUUGAUAAGAACAUCAGGUUCAGCCUGGAGAAGGAUGGUGACGGAGUGUUCCGCAUAUCACCUUCAGGACAAAUUCUUCUCGAUUAUGAUCUUGAUUUUGAGACCAAGCAGGAAUAUGAUCUCAAAAUCUAUGUAAAUGAUGGGGAAUUUAAUGACACAGCCACAUUAAAGGUGCAAGUGCUAAAUGUCAAUGAUUGGGAUCCACGCUUUCGGUUUCCACAGUACGAGUUCUUUGUCACCUCGACCACCCUCAGACCAGGAGACGGUAUUGGCAAUGUAGAAGUUGCUGAUGGAGACCGAGGGGACCAGAUAACUCUUACAGUCAUGGGACAAGAUGCUAAGAUGUUUGCUAUCAGCAAUGAUGGAGAACUGAGGAUUCGAGAUCUAACAUCACUAAAUUCUACCGUAGCUCACAUUGUAGUGCUGGCACGAGACUCUGGCAUCCCGCCACGAACGGCAUCAGCCCCUAUUAGCAUCACCUUCCCAGCGGGUCUGGUGCGGUCCUCUCCACUUGGAGCCAACUCUAGCUUCCUGCUCAUGGUCAUCUUCGGCUCCCUCCUUGGGAUCUUCAUCUUAAUAAUCAUCUGCCUUGCCAUCUACAUCCACAAAAAUAAGAAGUGUCGAGACGAUAAUGAUGCUGCGUUGCCCACCAAGAUGAGUCAAAUUGUGUCCAACAACAUCACUCACACUAAGCUGGACCCGCUCUCACCACUCAACCACCAGAUGCAGGGUAAUGGACGGCAGAUGACGCCACUGGGAAGUCCGUUAUCUCCCAGUGGUCUGGCCGGAAUCGAGCUCCCAAGCUCCGACAACAACAACACUCACACUGAGAAUAACAAUUACAACAAUGAAACCAUCAGAGCAGCCAGCACAAUUUCAGUUCGCUCGGGUAUCCAUGGAGGUUCCACUCAGGGAAGCCGUCGAUACCUCAAGAAUCCCCUGGCAAAUGGAUCGUUUCCUGUUAAUUCAUCAAGCAACCCUCCGCCAGCUCCAGCACUACCUCCAAACGGUAAUCCUGGAGCUGGAGGAGACGGGGUCUCCCUUACCGGCACCGUGAGGUCCUCCACAACAACCUCGACCAUCUCCCUGAGUGGCACUCCAGAGCUACAGGGGCAUCCUGUCAGGUCAUUGGGAGGAAGCAACAUGCCAAGAAGUGCCCUGAGUCACAGUGCACGAGCAGGUAGUGGGCGCAGUACAGGUGCCAGAUCUAAGAGUCCAUCACCUGGAGGCUCAGCACGGGCUGUGGGCGGCAUCCCACCAAAGAACAGAGUGAGCCCAGCUCCCACACCGCCCGCUCCGGCGAACACUCCGUAUCCUGAUACCGAGUCUUUGCCAGGAUCUCCUCAGUCUGGGUCUUCUGCUCCCAUGUCCACUAAGGUUGCGUGGCCUCAUGGCUCAAUUCCUAAAAGAGUGAAAAAGUUGUCUUGGGAAGAUGAAUUAAGUAAUAAGACGGAGUUGGACCCUGAAGUUAGCGUGACACCGAUGCCUCAAUCAUCAGUGUCAGAUGCACCGAACCUCACUGUCUAUUUCUGACCUUCCGGUGGCUAAUGUUCCCUUCCGUUGUUCCAUUGUGGUGGUGGCGGCCUAGUCAGUUCACCCCCAAGAGUCAAUUCUGCCUUGUUGCUCCCUUAGUCACUACCAGUUGUGAUGACACAUACGUCCUCUUACAGUCAGGAUUGUGAUGACACAUACGUCCUCUUACAGUCAGGAUUGUGAUGACACAUACAUCCUCUUACAUUCAGGAUUGUGAUGACACAUACAUCCUCUUACAUUCGGGAUGUGAUGACACAUACGUCCUCUUACAUUCGGGAUGUGAUGACACAUACGUCCUCUUACAUUCGGGAUGUGAUGACACAUACGUCCUCUUACAUUCGGGAUUGUGAUGACAUAUACGUCCUCUUACAUUCGGGAUGUGAUGACAUAUACGUCCUCUAACAUUCGGGAUGUGAUGACACAUACGUCCUCUUACAAUCGGGAUGUGAUGACACAUACGUCCUCUUACAUUCAGGAUUGUGAUGACACAUACGUCCUCUUACAUUCGGGAUGUGAUGACACAUACGUCCUCUUACAUUCGGGAUGUGAUGACACAUACGUCCUCUUACAUUCGGGAUGUGAUGACACAUACGUCCUCUUACAUUCGGGAUGUGAUGACACAUACGUCCUCUUACAUUCGGGAUGUGAUGACACAUACGUCCUCUUA